AUGGGGCGAUUAAAAGCUGUAAUAAGUCAUAUUCGAGCGGAUAUUAAUCGAAAAAUUCGAUGGAACGCACAGUAUGGUGGAGAGAUUCUCGACUUUAUACUCAAGCACUUAAGUUCGGAGGAAAUAACCCCUACACUGCCUUCAUCAGUACUUACUAAGUGA